GUGGUAAUGAUGUUAUAGAGAAUUGAAAACCCUCUUUGACAAAUACUUGUGCAUGGGGUGUGGUACUAUGUGGUGUUUUUUAAUUGAUGUUAGUUUUUGCUUAGGUUAAAGUACUUUUAUGCUGUAUGUAUAGCAAUCUGUUGGGACAGAGGUUGCAGAUAAAUGUAAACUUCUCUUGCUUAGGUUUGUAGCUUCUCUUGCUUGUAAUUGGUCAUGCAACAUAAAUGUAAACUUCUGGAAAAAUUACAAGUCGUGUUUACCUCCCUUGUGGCUAAAAUUCUUUACAUUCUUUUCAAGUUGGAACUCUUAGGUUUGGUUUUGGGUAUAACUGCUCAACUUCAGGCCCAAAGAAGGAUGUCUUGCAGAUAUAGUUUAAUUCUCAACAGUGGCCUCUAUUGGACUCCGUUUGAUUAGUGCUUAAUGAUACUCUGCUUAAUAUACCUCUGGAUAUCUUAUUUAUUUUUCUCCUUGCCACUAUGAUGCUUGCAUUUCCUCUGCUAAAAUCUUGGAAAUGGGUUGCUGCUUAUUGUGACCUCAUGAUCUCAUCCUUUGCAACAGGUGUGUGUUUGGUGUUGGCAUCACAUUAUAGACAUGGCAGAGAAGGAUGAGACGGAAGGGCGGUGUCCUGCCUGUCGGACAAUCUACGAAAAGGAUAAAAUUGUUGCUAUGCAAGCAGAUUGCGAAAGGGUUGCGUCAGCACAGUGUAGUAAGAAAAGCAAACCACCAAAGGCCACCAAGCCAAAGACUACUGAAGUAAAGAAGGAUCUGACAAAUGUCAGGGUGAUCCAGAGAAAAAUGGCGUAUGUAAUUGGGCUGCCGCUUAGUCUUGCUGACGAAGAUGUCUUACAGAGAAAAGAAUAUUUUGGUCAAUAUGGGAAGAUAUCUAAGAUUUCUCUAUCUCGGACAGCUGGUGGAGCUAUUCAGCAGUUCAUUAAUGACACUUGUAGCGUAUAUGUGACUUACACGAGAGAGGAGGAGGCUGUACGUUGUAUUCAAUCAGUACAUGGUUUUGUCCUGGAUGGUAGAUACUUGAGGGCAUCAUUCGGAACUGCGAAGUAUUGCCAUGCUUGGUUGAGGAAUAUGCCUUGCGGUAAUCCUACUUGUCUGUAUUUACAUACCAUUGGUGCUGAUGAAGAUAGUUUUGGGAAAGAUGAGGUGGCUGCAGUGCAUACGAGGAAUCGAGUGCAAGAGGUUGCCGGUGCUUCAAAUAGUAUAUUAAAGCGCUCAGGAAAUGUCUUACCUCCUCCUUUUGAAGAAUUUCCUAAUACUAGUGACUCUGCAUUGGAAAAAUUUACUGCCAGAAGUUCCCCAAGUGAUUCAGCACAGGGUGGCCCUUUCAAUGGUGGCAAGAUGACAACCUUUGUAGAUGUUGUUGGACGUCCUAGUAGUUCUGGUCCUGAAAAAGAUGAGAAUAGUUCGGAGGAUAGAAGAACAGUAGACUUAUGUUCUGAUCGAUCUUCUGUAGUUAAAGAGAUUGAUAAUCAUUUUGGGGAUACCUGUGCGGAAUCUUUGUUAUAUAAAGUGCCAUCUCCGGGUCACCUCGUCAGUAGACUACCUAGGGAUAGAGGGUCGAAUGAAUCAUGUGCUGAGCUAGUUAGAGAGGAUAUGAUACCUUCUGAUGACUUAUUAAAGGAUCCUAGCAAUUCGAGUCAGGGUGCCUUUAGUCAUUCAUCUUAUCCUGCCAGGACGUCAGAGGAUUCUAGUGGUCAUUCUGGGUUGCAUAAGAGGACUCAUAGUUCAAGUAGUUUCAGCAUUGAUCAGAGUUCUGUACAUAGUCUUGAAGAGGAGGCUUUACCGUUUACCUGUGUAAAUUCUGUAUUAAAUGACCAAGGGCAUGAGCUAAAAUUUCAGGCCUCUGCUAAAUCAGAUAGGAUAUAUCGAAGUUCUAACUCUUUUUCCAAUGAAGAAAUUGUUGAACAUUUACGAAGGAUGGAUGAUGAGAACUCAACAAAUGAUGUUGAAAAAUGUGCUUUAGAUGCUGUUGAGAACAGUAUUAUCUCAAAUAUCAUGUCAAUUGAUCUUGAUUCAUUCGACGAUUCCCUCACCUUGCCUCAUGGUUUAACUGAGUUAUUGGAUGAAACUAAUGACCGGAAUGGUUCUUCGUGGAAUUCUUUCACUAGUCAUGAUUCUGGGUUUUCCUUUUCAAGACGAGAUGGUUUAACAGGUGCUAGUUUUGAGUCUUCCCUCAAUAAUCUUGGUCAGAUGUCAAAUACUUCUUUCAAGGAACAUUACUUGUCGAAUCCUCAACAUCAAGUAUCCAGGCCACCUCCUAGUUUGGCUCCACCUGGUUUUUCUCUACCCUCCAGGGAAGUACCUCCUCCUGGUUUCUCUGCAUAUGAUAGAACGGGCAGAUUUUCUCGUUCUUCUUCUGGAAGUUACCUUAAUACCUCGUUGCCAGGCAGUUUAUUUCAAUUGCCUGUGUCAGUAAAUAAUGGUAGUAACUCUGAUAUUGACUUUGCUGACCCUGCAAUAUUAAGCUAUGGCAAAGGCAAACCAACAAACGGACUAAAUCUCCCAGGCUUGAACACGAGGCCACCUUCUUCUAAUCAACAGAUGGGAGGAUUGGAUGACGAGACAAGACUCUGGCUUCUUAUGCAACAGCAAGCAACUGCGGAUCAGGCGUCGAAAUAUUCACAAAUGUAUGUGCCGCAAACACCUUCUCAAGGGCAAAUGGGGUUUCCUGGCCUUGUUGGGGACGACCUAGCAUCGUUGAAUGACGUAUAUGGUUAUCAAUCAAGACUGAUGGAUCAACAACGCCAAACGUAUGAACCGCCUUCGUAUGGAAAAGUAUCGCAGCAGCAAAUGUAUGGGAACGGGCACAUUUCUAAUGGGGGAUAUCCUUAUGGUUUUGCUGAUGUCCAAAGGAAGAACGAGGUAGCGAUGGCAGAACUUCAAAGAAACGAUAGACUAAUGAACAAGUACUUUUCUGGGUAUGGAGAUUCAAUGUAUCAGAUGGCCAACUCUGGCGAUGUAUAUACCAGAGUUUUUGGGAUUGCAGAACUUUCUGAAAAGAGGAACGCUUGCGGGGGUGGAAUCGAUUUCUUAAAUUGUAAAUUGUGGCCCUAUUCAUUUGUUCCCUGUUAUGAAGUAUCAGCCUUAGAGCGCGAAAGUGUGAAACAAGUUCUUCCCCCUGCUCUUGAUUCCUCAUCAGACCCACCUGCAAUUUUUGAUGGGAUCCCAAAGUUGUACAUAUCUUACACCUGUCCAUAUGCACAACGCGUGUGGAUUACAAGGAACUGUAAGGGAUUGCAAGAUAAGAUAAAGCUGAUUCCUAUUGACCUGAAAAACAGGCCAACAUGGUACAAGGAUAAAGUUUAUCCAGCAAACAAGGUGCCAGCACUGGAACAUAACAAUGAAGUUAUAGGAGAGUCUCUUGAUCUAAUCAGAUAUCUGAAUGAUAACUUUGAAGGUCCUUCACUUCUUCCUGAUGAUCCAACCAAGAGAGAGUUUGCUGAGGAGUUGCUUUCCUAUACCGACUCCUUCCAUAAAGGCGUUACUGCAUCUUUCAAGGGGGAGGGAAUAACUGAAGCUGGUGCUUCCUUUGAUUACAUUGAGACGGCACUGAAAAAAUUUGAUGAUGGUCCAUUCUUCCUUGGAGAUUUUAGUAUUGUGGAUAUAGCUUAUGCUCCAUUCAUUGAAAGGCAUCAACCCUUCUUAGCGGAUGUAAUGAAGUAUGAUAUAACGAUGGGCAGACCAAAGCUAGCAGCAUGGAUUGAGGAGAUUAACAAGAUUGAUGCUUAUAAAGUGACCAAAAGUGACCCAAAGGAGCUCGUUGAAUCCUACGAGAAACGCUUCUUGGUAAAGAUCUGCUACCUUUAG